ACACACACACACACACACACACACACACACACACACCUGGCAGGGUUUAGUUUGGUCCCACCUUUAGUCUCGUACGGACACUUCCUUUUGGCUUUAGCGGUGUUGAUGGUGGUGACAACAAAGGAAAAAAAAAAAAUCCAACAACCAGCAAAUCACGAUCAAAGAGGACGAGGAAGACAACAACAACAACAACAACAACAACAACAACAACAACAACAAUGAUCACGAGAAAGAACAUGAUAGUUAAUAUUUUGACAAGUGAUAGUGCUGGCGACGAUGACGAAGAGUGACAAUGAAGAUGAUGACGAUGAUGAUGAUGAUGGUGAAAAUAACGACGACAAAGAUGAUAGUGAAUGUGAUUAGGCAGUGAACAAAAAAAAUAGUUGAAAAUUAAUAAGUUGUCUGCGAACGAUAAAAAUGUUAAUAAUGAUAAUGAUGAUGAUGAUGAUGAUGAUGAAGUGAUGAAUAGAAAAAAUAAUCCGCUAAGAAACAGAAGAUUUUUAGAAGGGUCCCGUCAACCAAUCAUUUAAUCAGUCAGUCAGUCAGUCAGUCCAUCCACUUACACCCCACAAAUGUUCAAGCCAAAUAACACCAGUCAGUAGUUAGACAGUCCUCCAAUCAGUCCGGCACUCAGUCAAUCAGUCAGGCACUCAGUCAAUCAGCUAGCCACCAAGUCAGCCAGCAAGUCAUCCAACACUCAUUCAACCAACCGAGAACUCAGGUAAUCAGUAAGUCAGUCAACCAGUCAGUCAGCCAGUCACCCAUUCAGUCAGUCAGUCAACCAGUCAGCCAUCAUUCACCCACAAAUUCACCCCAUCAGCCUCCCGCCCAGCCACUCCGUCACCCACCUAACCACAAGGAUGUAUAUGGCAACGCGUGCCAACCUCGACUACUGGUCCACCGAUAACUGCUGUCUUCGGUGGUCGCUGAGAACUGGAGCCAUCACCAUCGGGGUUCUGUGUCUGCUGUGGCAGUCGCUGAUGGUGACCUGCGGGGUGAUGAUGAUAGUGACAUGCACCGAGAACAUCACCACCACCACCACCACCACGGACAUCAACACCAUUAACACCAUCGUCAUCACACUUCCAGAUGACACCUCCUCCUCUGACCUUUUCGGAACUGUCAACGAGGUGAUUGGUGAUGAUAAUGGUGAUGAGGAAGCCCGGGAUAGUAACGUGGUGGUGAGAGACAUCGGUGGUGGUGGUGAUGAUGGUGGUGAAAAUGACAAAGGAGUGAUGGUGCGUCGUAGUGAUGGUGAUGUAAGAAGGAAAAUGGUGGUGAUGGACAGCAGCGGAGGUGGUGGUGGUGAUGAUGGUGGUGGUGAAGAGAAGACAGCGGCGGCGGUAUUGAUGACAGUGAGUGAUGAUGGUGGUGGCGGUGGUGAUGAUGCGGAGAGAAAGGUGAUGAGGGAAGAACAACGAGACGAGGAGGCGGAGAAGGAGGAGGAAGAGGAGGAGAACAGUGAAGGGAGAGUGAGGAGGAGGGGAAGGAGAAACGACAAAAACAGGGAAAACAACAAUAGAAUCAUAAACACCUACAAUGAAAAUAGGAACAACAAUACCAACACCACCACCAUCACCACCAACAGCAACAGUAGUAGCGAUAGCAACAGCAACACCACCACUACCACCACCACCAACAACAACAACAACAACAACAACAACAACAACAGCACUGCAGCUUCCAAGGGUUGCACGUUGAACAGCAUCGAGGAGGAGGACGUCAGUAAUGGCACGAACAGCAACAACUUCACCUGUCAUUGGCUACCUGGACCUGAGACGGAGGUGCUAGGCGUCUACAGCGAGGGGAAACUGGUGUUGGUGGCAUGUCUUUUAAUCGCCUACUCGGGAAUCUACGGAAUCCUGUCUUUGUGCGUGGUGGUGGGCUCCUUCACGAACUCCGUGUCACUGCUCCAGGGUUGGGUGGCGUUCACGGGCUUUCACAACAUUGUCAUCCUCGCCACGCUCUUCGUCCCUCUCCCCUUCACGACCCUCCCGCACCUCCUGCUCUCCAUCGCCUACUUCAUCCUGUCCCUGUACACGUGGGCGGUGGUAAAGUCGCACAUGCACGCUCUCAAGGUGGAGCUGAACAAACCUCUGCUACCCGAAGGUUCCAUCACGGACUAUACGGUGGACGGCGUGGAUGUGACGGAGAUACCGGUACAGGUGUAAUGACAAUAGUCAGAUAGGUACAUAGAUAGAUAGAGAUAGAAAGAAGAUAGUUAUUUACAUAGAGAAGACAUAUAUAUAAAGUAGAUAGAUUGAUAGAGAUAAGAUAGAUAACUAUUUAAACAUAGGUUUAUAGACAAGAUAGAAAUAGAUAUAUUUCCUGAGUAAAUGUAAUUCCACGGUUCGACUACUCAACUUAAAAAAAGAAUCAAGAUAAGAGAUAAAGAGGAAAGGGCAGAUGAAGAGAGGAACCGGCGAAAAUAAAAUCAAUGUUUAUUGUUUUUCUAGGAAGUUAAAAAAAUAUAUACAAUACAUGAACAGAAAAAAAAACAUUAAAGAAACGUGCAUCAUAAUAA